UCACACUUGAACUCUCCAUCUGCUUCUCUACUGAACCACUGAACCUCCUCCUCUCUACACCAUGUGCUGCAACUACGGAAACUCUUGUGGUAGCUACGGCUAUGGCUGUGGCUACGGUUCCAGAUAUGGCUGUGGCUAUGGUUCCGGAUACGGCUGUGGCUAUGGUUCCGGAUACGGCUGUGGCUAUGGUUCCGGAUACGGCUGUGGCUAUGGUUCCGGAUAUGGCUGUGGCUAUGGUUCCGGUUACGGCUGUGGCUAUGGUUCCGGUUACGGCUGUGGCUAUGGUUCCAGAUAUGGUUGUGGCUAUGGUUCCGGAUAUGGUUGUGGCUAUGGUUCUGGAUAUGGCUGUGGCUAUGGUUCUGGAUAUGGUUGUGGCUAUGGUUCUGGAUAUGGCUCCUGCUGUAGUUAUCGCCCAUUUGUCUACAGAAAAUGCUAUUCUUCUUGCUGCUAGACUGCAGUGCAUCUUUUCCUCUAAGAUAAUCAUCCCAAGGCCAUUGCUGUUUUGAAGUGUGACAUCAGAUUCGACUGAGUAGAGAAUAUUCAGAAUCUGUGAGAAACUGGUUCUGUACUUGACAACCCUAUGAUUGAAGCAGUCUGAGUUAUUCUACAAAUGUUCCUGGUAAACAGAAGAUAUAAUUUUGGCCACUGUCUACAUGUAUACUCAUUAGGAUCUUAGUCUAUACUUAGACUAAGUCUGUUAUCAUAAUUAUUUCCAAAUAAACAUGUUUCUCUGACUCUAACAA